AUUCACAUUGAUAAAUAUUCUAUGAAUGGGAUUUAUUGUAACGAUAUUGCACAGAACCAAAUAUAUAAAACAUUGGUUUCGAGAGAAGAUUGAGAUAUCUCUCUCUGGGCAUCAUUUCGAAUUGAAAUAACAAAUAACACCCUACACAGCCACCGGGCCACGGCAUAAAGUACGGGGCCGCCACAUUACGCAGCUCCACCAAAACUUACCCCGUACACAAGCUUCGGUACAAUAUACAAUAUCAAGGUACAACAUCUUCUUCUUAUUACAAUCCUUUAGUAUCUCCGACCCUUUCACCUACAUAUCAACUUUUCAUAUUUACUCUCUUUUCUCCUGCACAUCUUGCGCUCUACGCGCUCUUAAUCAUGUCGUACGCGACGUCUGCCAGAAACGUGGAUCAUACCAAGUAAGUCCGCGGGAAUCUCGGGCUCAUCGAGCUUCCUAUCCCCUAUUAUUGGCAAGUUAUGAAAUAUACUGACAUUGUUAUAAUUGGUCAGGUCCGAGGCAGAGCUUGCGAUCAACAUUCGGAAGGCCACAAGCAUUGAGGAGACCGCGCCGAAACGUAAACAUGUUCGUAGCUGUAUUGUGUAUACAUGGGACCACAGCAGCUCCAGUGCCUUCUGGGCUGGUAUGAAAGUGUCAGUCUAAACCCAUCUAUGCAUGUAUUCCAAAAAUAUCAUACCAAGCUCUAGAAUAGCAUGAGAUUCCAGCGAUAUGAGAAAACUCAGGGCAAACGAAAGUGGCUAACUUCAGGCCGUUCUCAUAGACAACCUAUCCUCGCAGAUGAGGUUCAGACAUUCAAGGCAUUGAUUACCGUUCACAAGGUUCUACAAGAGGGCCACCCAUCGACUCUACGUGAGGCCAUGGCGAAUCGAACUUGGCUCGACAGUUUGAAUAGGGGAAUGUCCGGCGAAGGUAUGCGGGGCUAUGGACCUUUGAUAAAAGAAUAUGUCAACUUUUUGCUGUCCAAAUUGAGCUUCCACCAACAGCAUCCUGACUUUAAUGGCACAUUCGAGUAUGAGGAGUACAUCAGCUUAAAGGGGAUCAACGAUCCAAAUGAAGGUUAUGAAACCAUUUCAGAUCUUAUGACUCUACAGGACAGAAUCGAACACUUCCAGAAACUGAUCUUUGCGCACUUUCGGAAUGGGGGCCACAACGAAUGUAGGAUAUCCGCCCUGGUUCCUUUGGUACAAGAGAGUUACGGUAUCUACAAGUUCAUCACCAGCAUGCUGCGAGCUAUGCACACAAGUAUGUCACAAAGCUCACAUCUAGCCAUUCACCUCUGACUUGACCUGCAGCAACCGGUGAUGAUGAUGCUCUUGAGCCCUUGAGAGGCAGAUAUGACUCCCAGCAUUAUCGUCUUGUAAAAUUUUAUUACGAAUGCUCCAAUCUCCGGUAUCUCACGAGCCUGAUUACUGUGCCAAAGCUACCGCAAGAACCGCCCAAUCUCCUUUCAGAGGAUGAUUCCGCCCCCAAGUUACCUCAGCGGCCCAAGCAAGAGAUUGAGAGGCAAAUCACACCUCCGAAGCCUCCCAAGACGGAGGAACCAGAUGAAAUUGGCGAGUUCUGGAAGACCGAACAGGACCGACAAAACAGGCAGUAUGAGGAGCAACAGAGGGUUCUAGCAGAACAGCAGAGACAACAAAUGCUGGCACAACAGCAAGCACAACUUCAAGCGCAGCAAAAUUAUGAAGAACAGCAGCGUUUGCUGGCUGAGCAACAAAGGCGGGAGCAAGAGCAAUUGAUGCUGCAACAAUCCCAACAACAGACUUAUGGUCGCCUGGCGGAACUUGAACGGGAGAACUUCGAUGCCCGAGCACAAUACGCGAGGGAUCAGCUAAUGUUACAACAAUACGACCAAAAGAUAAAGGCGCUGGAGGGUGAGCUUGCGCAGCUGCAGAACAGUUACGGACAACAAAUUGGAAGUAAAGAGGAUCAGAUCAGAGCUUUGCAAGAGCAAGUUAACACUUGGAGGACGAAAUACGAAGCACUCGCGAAGCUUUAUUCACAAUUACGACAUGAACAUCUCGACCUGCUUCAAAGAUUUAAGAGCGUUCAACUGAAGGCAGCCUCAGCUCAGGAGGCCAUUGACAAGCGGGAAAAACUUGAGCGAGAAAUUAAGACCAAGAAUCUUGAACUUGCAGACAUGAUCAGAGAAAGAGACAGGGCUUUGCAUGAAAAAGACCGUCUCACUGGUGGUAACCGUGAGGAAGUCGAAAAGCUUAAACGCGAGCUUCGCAUGGCUCUCGAUCGAGCUGACAAUUUGGAGCGGAGCAAGGGCAAUGAGCUGUCUACGAUGCUUUCUAAGUACAAUCGUGAAAUGGCAGAUCUCGAGGAGGCUCUUCGCAACAAAUCCCGAGCAUUACAGGAUGUCCAUGCUAAAUAUAGUGAAGGGGGUUCAGAUGCCGAAAGAUUACUCAAGGAUAAGGAGGAUGAACUGGAGGUUUACAAGCAAAGUUUGGAUGAUGCGCUUAUCAGACUCAAUGAGCUCGAGAUGUCAAAAGGCGACACUGACAAUGCUUUGGAUGGAGAAAUUGAUGCCAUGCUCCUUUCUAAUAUUGACAAAAUCAACGACAUCAUCGAUUCCGUUCUUCAGAGUGGAGUUCAGCGUGUUGACGACGCUCUCUACGAACUCGAUUCUACCAUGCAAGCUGGUAAUCAGAAUGCAACCCCAUCUUACGUUCUUUCCCAGAUCGAAAAGGCAUCAGCAAGUGCUACCGAAUUCGCCACGGCAUUCAACAAUUUCAUAGCAGAUGGUCCGAAUAGCACCCAUGCCGAGAUCAUUCGAACCAUCAAUGUCUUCGCCAGCUCAAUUUCCGACGUGCUUAGCAAUACCAAAGGUCUCACGAGGCUUGCGACGGAUGACAAGAAGGCUGAUCAACUUAUUAAUGGCGCACGUCAAUCUGCGCAGUCUACUGUCACAUUUUUCCGCGGGUUGCAAAGCUUUCGAUUGGAUGGCAUGGAUCCAGUGCAGCGAACUGAGGUGGUCAUCAACAGCAACAAUGAGGUACAAAUCCAUCUGCAACGCUUGAACAAACUUGCAGAUACAUUUGCGCCAAACAGUGGUAAACUCACAAAUAAUAAAGGCGACUUGGGAGAUUUGGUAGACAACGAGCUCUCUAAGGCUGCUGAGGCAAUUGCUGCUGCCGCUGCACGUCUGGCGAAGCUUAAGUCCAAACCUAAAGAUCAAUACUCGACAUACAAACUCGAAAUCCACGAUUCAAUCCUUGAUGCUGCCAUUGCUGUUACGAACGCUAUCGCCAGAUUGAUCAAAGCAGCUACAGUUACCCAACAAGAGAUUGUUCAGGCUGGUCGCGGCUCGUCUUCCAAGACCGCUUUCUACAAGAAGAACAACCGCUGGACUGAGGGUCUCAUUUCCGCCGCCAAAGCAGUGGCAACGUCAACAAACACGUUGAUUGAGACCGCGGAUGGAGUUCUUUCAGGACGUAACAGUCCGGAACAACUCAUCGUUGCUUCUAACGACGUUGCAGCCUCUACCGCCCAGUUGGUCGCUGCUAGCAGAGUUAAAGCCGGUUUCAUGAGCAAGAGCCAAGAGAGCUUGGAGCAAGCUAGUAAAGCUGUUGGUUCAGCCUGCAGAACUCUUGUCAGACAAGUACAGAGUAUGAUCAAGGACCGGGAUCAAGAUGAUGAAGGAGAAGAUUACGCCAAGCUCGGGGCGCAUGAGUUUAAGGUCAGGGAAAUGGAACAGCAGGUAAGUUUCCUUGAAGGGAUUUUCUCUUGAAGCAUUACUGAUUUUUAUUACAGGUCGAAAUCCUACAACUUGAGAACAAUCUCGCGGCGGCGAGGAAGAGAUUAGGUGAGAUGCGAAAGAUAUCCUAUUUGGAGGACUAGGCGCUGGGUCAUGGUUACUCGUAACUCGGUUGAGUAUAUAUAAACUUUAAGGGGAAGAAGUAAAUGGGCGAUUCUUUUAAUAAGCGUGUGAUAUCCAAAUUUGGUAAGAGUUCUUUCAUUGAGGACGAUGACACUUGGAGGGAGGGCAUCCGUGGAAAUACUUUUGAGACCGAGGCAAAAUGAUUACCUUGAGCUUCUUACAUCACUUUUUUAACUCGGAUAUCUCCAUGAUCGCAGUUUGCUUAGGGGUAUCAGAAAUCGAUUGACUUAUAUUUGUUGCUUGUCAGACACCACCAUCUCUACCGGUCUCAGCUCGAAUUACCCCUUGAUCUAGUACUAGGUAUGAUCAAUCACCUGAGAAUUGUCUCACAGACUUUCUAUGUGUUAAGAAAACCCACAACGCCAAGAAUUCGUCCCUCGCGAUCUCAAAUGUAAGGAAG